UUGGAGAACUAUUCCACGUACUUUUGAUGUUCAUCGCUUCAGUCUUAUAAAAAUAUGAGCUGUCAGGAGAACAACACGUGUCCAAUGAGGGUGUUGGUGACGGGGGGCUCAGGGUUGGUGGGCAGGGCCAUUCAGCAAGUGGUGAAAGAAGAGGGGGGGGGCAAAGAAGGAGAAGAGUGGGUGUUCCUCUCCUCCAAGGAUGCUAAUCUAAUGAACAAGGAGGAGACCAAAGCUGUAUUUGAGAAGCAUAAACCUACUCAUGUGAUCCAUUUGGCUGCUAUGGUUGGAGGUCUUUUCAAGAAUAUGAAGUUUAAUCUGGAUUUUUGGAGAAACAACAUUCACAUCAAUGACAACGUGCUGCAGGCGGCACAUGAAGUUGAUGUAGUAAAAGUGGUGUCCUGUCUUUCAACAUGCAUUUUCCCUGAUAAGACGACCUACCCUAUUGACGAAACUAUGAUUCAUAACGGUCCACCUCAUGACUCAAACUUCGGCUAUGCUUAUGCAAAGAGAAUGAUCGACGUUCAUAACAGAGCAUAUUUUCAACAGUAUGGGCGCUGUUAUACUGCUGUGAUUCCCACUAAUGUUUUUGGUCCACAUGACAACUUCAGUAUUGAGGAUGGCCACGUGCUACCGGGGCUCAUACACAAAGCUUAUCUUGCUCAAAAGGAAUUGAAGCCUUUGGUUGUAUGGGGCUCUGGAUCUCCAAGAAGACAGUUUAUUUACUCUUUGGAUUUGGCUCGUCUUUUCCUGUGGGUUUUAAGAGAUUAUCCAGAAGUAGAUCCCAUCAUUUUAUCUGUUGGUGAAGAAGAUGAAGUUUCAAUUAAAGAGGCAGCAGAAGCAGUUGUUCAGUCUCUUGACUUUAAAGGUGAAGUGGUGUAUGACACUAGCAAAGCUGAUGGCCAGUUUAAAAAGACAGCCAGCAAUGCAAAGCUUUGCAGUUACUUACCAAAUUUCAAGUUUACACCAUUUAAACAAGCUUUGAAGGAAACCUGUGAUUGGUUUGUGAAAAACUAUGAUACAGCUCGGAAAUAAAAUCCUGAAAUGCUCCACAUGAGGUGUUUUCAGACAAUUAUUAGUUGGAACAGAAGUUACUGGGUUAAUUCUGCAGUGAAACUUUGCUACAUAGUUUUGUUCAAAUGAUUUAUAAUGAUACGAUGGUAUGGAUUAUAUUUGUUACAAUUGUUUUUACUUAUGUCAAGAAACGAUAUUAAGCUUUCUCUAGUAAUAUUAGUUACAGUGGUUAGUUUAAUUUUGAUUAGAAUGAGCCUUUGUACUGAAGUCCAUUUCUACUUCAAUUUUUUUUUUUUUUUGUAUAAUGAUCAAAAAAGACCAAAAUAAAUAUUUUUUUACC